AUGUCCCGAGCGCUGGCGGCGGAACCUGAUGAGCCGCCGGCAAGCAUGGAAGUGGCGCCAGCUGCCUCUCAGGAAGAGCGCCUGGAGCAGCUGGAGACCAGCCAUGCGAAGCUGCAAGGCCUGGUGAAGCGAUUGCAGCAAGAACUCCAUGACUUGCAAAAAGACAGGAUGUGCUUGCCCAGCUCCGUCCCAGAGAAAGCUGAGUCUGAGCUGCUUGAGAAGGCCUUUCCUGUGAGUAACCCGGCCAAACUGGAGGUCCGGAACGAGGCCCCAUCACCAUCUCCUGCCUUGACGGAAAGAACGAGGACAAGUGGCCGCGUUGUGAGGUACGAUGAGGUGGAUUCGAAGGCCCGCGAGGAAUAUGCUUUCCAAGGUAGCACAUGGGAUCUGGCCCUGUUCGUAGGGACUGAUGCUAUUGGAACAUUUGGCGCCAUUCACACCUUCAUCCUGGUCCUUGCUACCUUUGCCAUUCAAGUUGUCUUCGUAGGCGUGGUGAUGCUGAACUUCAGCGCCCCUAGGGUGGACAAGGAGUCGGUCGCCGACGCCAGCCGAUGGCGAUUAGCCACAGGACAUUUCCACGAGUUCUAUGACUCCAUAACCCAAGCAUCCUUGACUGCUCGAGUCUGUGGGAACGACCGGGCCCUUCAUGUUGCAACCGGCCAGGCCUCCUUAUACCAAACCGUGGCCACCUACUUGGGUUCCAACGACAACCUCGUGUUGUUCAAAGGCCCCGUGCUGGGUAUGGUGGCGGUGACGUUGUGGUUUCUGAUGGUCUCGGAUGAUGUGACCACAACCUUAGAUCUAGGCAGAGUUUUGAUUACCAUCCCGGUUGGACAGACCUGCCUGGUUCUCGACACUGAGGAUGAGGAAGAUCCCAAAUAUCGCUUGACCCACAUCUCAUUUUCACGAAAGUUGUGGGGCUGCAUCAUCACCGUGGUGCGGCUCACCAUUGCCUGCGUCCUGCUGUGGUAUGGCACGCUGUAUGUGGUGCACACCAUCAAUCUAUCGGAUCUGGUUCUCAACUGCAUUGCUCUGGAGAUUGUUCUCAACGUGGAUGACUUGCUUUUCCAGGCUCUUGCGCCGACGCCUGCCAGGUUCCUGAUGAACACCUUGCAGCCCAUCCAAUUGAAAUCAAUGCCACGAAGGAAAGGCGUGGACGUCAAGGCCUUUCUCAUGUUGCUGGCGGUCCCCAUCGCCUUGAUCUUGGUGUAUCAACUCUUGAUGGCGCCCAUGUUGGAGGAUAUUGAGGCCGUUAGCCACACCCUCUGUGGUGGGGAGCGAGACUUCGUGUGGUUGGAAGACUCAAGGCGCAUGGUCGUGAUGGCCACUUCGAGAUCCUACCAACCAGCGGACCAAGCGGUGCGCCUGGCCGCGGAAGAAAAUGCAGCUGCGAUCGUUGUGAAUGAUGUGGUGCAACGCAACCCCGAAGGAUCUUCGCUAGGUAUUUGGAAAGAAGACGUCCGCACCAUGAUGGCCUGGGGGAAAUACGACUUCCAAGAGGUUCUCGCAGCUUUCAAGCCUGGCUGCCAGGACACAGACGCGGAGGAUCCUGCCUGGUUCUAUAUGCAAAAGAUUGCCGGGCCGCCGUUCAAGAACUGCUCGACGGUGAAACCCUUCUGUCACUCAGUGAGCCUCGAGACCUCUUGGGUGCCAGAUGAAGGACGAGGGAUCAUGGCCAGGAUGCUUUGCCCCAUGACGUGCACCUGUUGGAGUGAGAUCUCCCCUAGACUCAUCACCACAGGCUGCCCGAGCUCCUGUACUCAACAGUUGGCCGACGGCGAUGGAUUUACCGUCGAACACCGGAACAACGAGUUUGCUGCCGCCUCCUGUGUGGACACUCCAGUGGCACAGCUCAAAAGGAAUCCGUCCUUUCAAAAUUGGAUCGAGCAGCUGGCACUCUAUGCCAACAUCACAGGUGACUCGCGAAUGACUGAGAUUGUUGAGGACAUGGCAGAGAAUGGCUGCGCCCUCGAAGGCAACUGGAGCAGCUUCGCUUGCCACUUCGACAACACCGCAUUGGGAUCAGCGGCCCGGCCCUUUGGCGGCUACGCCUUCUUUUGCGGGAAAUUGUGCUGCGACAGCGGCAACCCUGGGCCGGACUUGGGGAUGAGAGGCAACUGGGACCCUGGAAACAUGGGCCCAUGGGUAGCCUAUUUUCAGACAAACCUAUCUUGUAGUUCAACAGAGAGCGCUUAUGGUGGGAGAUGGUUGAAGCAUCCUGUUUUUUUUGGAUACGACGCACGCGCACAUACGCAUAUACAUAUGAAUUAUGAAUAUAAAUGA